UUUCGCGUAAGGUAGGUUAGUGUUUUGAAUGCGCGCGUGAUCGUAGGUUAUAUUGCGUCUGAUGUGCGCUGAUGAGAGAUUGUUUUCGUUCGGCGUUGCCCCGAGAGUCCGCGAGGGUAUCCGUAGAAGAGGUAGAAAGUGCACGGUAAAUCCUCCGACUGGAGGAGACCUAUGAAAAGGAAAAGAAAUCGUCCUGAAGCCCCGAAGACAGGAUUGAGAGUAAACGCGAAAGUUCCGAAGGGCCAAAAUGGACGAGACGAUGGAGAUCGACGCUUCGGGUGCGGGCGCGGCCUCGAACUCCUUUGUAUUCUCCGUGCCGAGCGCCGUCACUGGUCUUCCGAGAGUUGUCAGUUUCGGCGUGGGAUCCGAUCAUGUCUUCGACGCUCAGCUCAGCAAGAAGAAUGUAUUCACUUUCGCCGCGCCCACGAUAGUGCCGCGGCACGGUCAAACUCGCGCGCGCGCGUCGUGGACGAACCGAUCCGACAGGUAUAAGCCGAGAAUUUCGAGGAACACGUACAAGCCCGCGGCCAACAUGUUUGCCAGCGCCCUCAAGGAUACGGAGGCGUUCGAACAGCUGAGGAAGAACUCCAGGUCGCGCGUCACCAAAGUCAACGUGGACAACUCGAUAACGUGCUCCGACGUGCCCAAGGAGUUGCUGACCAAAGCAGCGGCGAAGGAGUACUUCACGAAGUACGGGAGUAUCGUGAAGGUGACCAUCCGCCCGAAGAAGCGCAUAAUCACGGUGGUUUACACGACGAAGAUAGAGGCGAGCGCCGCGUAUUACGGCGGCGGCGAUUACAAAGGCGAGAAGUUUCACAUAGAAUGGACAAAGUUGGAAUCAGCGGCAAAAACGACGACGACGACGACGACGACCGCGGCUAAGAAGAAGAAUCUACAGCGGUAUAUCGUGACGAAUCUGCUUAAAGCGCCCGACGACGAGAUCAAAUCGGAAUUGGAAGCCAUGGCGGGCGUGGAGUACAAUUUGCAUUCCGCUAAAGGAAACGAGGUGUCCGACGUGAGCGCGUUGCUGCCGGCGCUGAAGGCGAAAGCGCCGGGAGGGAAAGCGGCGUUGCCGCACGAGAAGGCCACGGCGAAGUCGGAGAAGGCCGCGAUGAAAAUCGAAAAGCACGACACCGACAGCCAGAUGGGGAAACCUCUGCCCAGCACGUCCAUAGAGGAGCUGCAGAAUAUAAUACAUCAGGCCGCUCUCACGACCGAGGACAGGUACAAGGUGCUGGUGGCCAGGGAUCGCCUCUUGCGGCUGAGGCGGAUCAAACCGUCCUCGCUCGCGACGGCCAAGGUGACCAGCGGCACGUGCCCGGACAUGUGCCCGGAGAAGGAGCGCCUGAUGCGCGAGUCGCAGAGGCAGGUCGCGCCGUACGAGCAGCUCGAGGGGAACGAGUACAGGAUAAAUCACGCGACCGCCGUGAAGCAGUACUCGAGAUCCUCCGCGGAUCAGGAGGAGCCGAUGCCCCACGAGCUGAGGCCGGUGAAGUCCCUGAGGAUGACCAUGAGCUACCUGCUUCACGAGCUGAUGGACCUCUGCGAGCAGGAGGGCGCGAAUCUGGCCGAGUGGUAUCACUUUCUCUGGGACAGGACGAGGGGCAUUAGGAAGGACAUCACGCAGCAGGAGCUGUGCUGCGAGGAGAGCGUCGAGCUGAUCGAGCAGUGCGCCCGAUUCCACAUAGUGUGCUCGGAGAGGCUCUGCGCGGAGGACGCGUCCGUGUUCGACAAGAAGAUCAACUCGGAGAACCUGACCAAGUGCCUGCAGACACUGAAGUACAUGUACCACGAUUUGCGGGUGAAGGGUAUCACCUGCGAGAACGAGCCCGAAUUCAGGGCGUACGUCGUGUUGCUGAAUUUGAACAACGGCAACUUCCUCACCGACUUGCAGGGGCUGCCGACGUCCGUGCAAAAUUCGCCGGAGGUCCAGUUCGCGAUCAAGGUGUACUUUGCGCUGGACUCGAACAACUACUACAAAUUUUUCAAGCUCGUCCGCGAGACGACGUACCUGAACGCCUGUAUCCUGUUGCGAUACUUCAACCAAGUCAGACUCCGAGCUCUCUCGAUAAUGGUGAAGGCCUACUGCAGAAGCACCUCGACCGCCUUUCCGUUGUACGAGCUGAUAGACAUCUUCGGCUUCGAGGACGAGAACGAGGCCGUGUACUUCUGCGAGCAGGCGGGAUUGAAUCUGUCGAACGACGAGAUGUCCAUACUCCUGAACCGUCAGAGCUUCAACAUGCCCACGGCGAGUAUCCAGCAGGGCAGGGCAUGCAAUUUGAUAGAGUCUAAGAGGAUCACCUUGAAUUUCAGCAUCGGGCAGUGCAUCGCCGGUAAGAGAAUGCCGGAGAAGACUUACAGGAAUCACAAGCCGCACAACAGUUUCGACGCGCACGGCUAUCUGAUGCCGGUAUCCGUCAACGCCGCGGACCAAACGAGAGCCGAUUCCGCGGAACGGUGCGAUCCGUACGAGUUUACGGAGAAGGAGACGAAGAGGAUGCCGAAGUUGACAUCGAUCCGGGAUAAAGAUCAGAGAGCCGCGAAGGACCUCCGUGCGCAGAUACGAAAGCAGCCGGCGAACGCGACCAGCGAGGCGAGCGCGUUCAAACACGUGUCAGUUCCCGAUUCGGUCGGCUCGGGCGUCUUUAAAACGGUAACGCCCGCCGCACCGCCGAGUGUAUUCUUCGAGCACAAGCCGAGGGAACCGAAUGUAUAUGAGAGGAAGACUCAAGCGUCGACAGCUUCCGAGAAACACUCUGACAGCAGAAGCGCGGUGAGUACACAACUACGCGGAGACGUCAACGACAAACAGCAGUCGGCGAUAUUCGGUAGCAGCGGUACCUUCGGUAACAGCCUGUUUGCGGGCAAUCCUUCCGUGUUCUCCAAACCGGAAACGUCGCGUAAUUCCGAGCCGGUCCCGCCGUUUGCGAUGGCCUUGAGCAAGAGCAUCUUCUCCGGGGUAGAGUCGGGAAAUACAUUCAGGAACGUUACGCCUACCUCCUCCACGAUAUUCAUCAAUAAACAUUUUCCCGUGCCAGUUUCUAUCCCGGCGUUCACCGAUGGCGCGAGUAAGACGACGAAGGAGCAAAGUGUUCACGAAAGGGAACAGAGGGCCCGGGAGGAAGCGAUGUUGGAGGCUGAGAAAGCGAGGCUGGAGCGGCUGGAGCACGCGAGGAGGAUGCAACGAGUCGAGGAGCAGUCGGAGGAGAUCUACGAUAGCUUGCGCGCGGAGGUCACGCACGAGCUGUGCUCCGCCAUCGUGAGGCAGGACGUCGACCGGCUCGAGAUGUACGACACGUUGAGCAGGAGAAUCUUCUCGGACAUGAUCGACGAGAUUAACCGCGAGAUGUGCGACGCGGCGUUGUCCGCGGAGAUCGAGCAGCAGCGGAAGCUGGAGGCGAUGUUACGGCGAAUCAAGAACCGGGUGAUCGUCAAGUGCGUGAACACCUGGCGGCAGCACGUGUCGAGGAGGAAGCGGCAGAGAGCGGCGUUGGAGGACACGCCGGUCUGGCUGCAGAGGCACUCCGUGGAGGAGACCGCGCGGAUGCUGUACACCAAGGAGCAGGAGGUGGUGAUGCGAAAUAUGCAGCGGAAACGUCGAGGCGAGCUGGAGGACGUUGCGGCCGGAGCGACGGCGGCUCUCGCGCCGAUCGAAUUCAUCGUUUAUGCCGGCAUCAGGGAGAACGUACGCUCGUUGGACGUCGACCCGCUGCCCAACGUGUACUGGAAACUCGUCAUCUCCUGGCCGGAUCUGGCCAACCGGGCGGUCCUGUGGUACCACAAGAAGAUGAUGAACGAGUACUUGUAUCCCAAGAACUUCACGAUGAAUCCGAUCGUGAAGAUCUAUCGGCCGAACCCUUACGAGACCUUGCACGUCUGCAUAAGGCACUUCGAGGGCCUGUUCAGCGAGCACCACCUGAUCGGCGCCGACGCGCUCCUGUUCAUCGCCGACGCCUCGGAGAGCUACAGAUCCGUCGCGAAACGUCUCACGAGAACCGUGCUGUCGCGGCACAAGCUGAUGCCCAUGCCGCUCGCCUUUAUCGUCCUGGGUAACGGAGACUUGGAGAACCAGAACGAUAGCAUCGUCUCGGACUUGGAAUCCUUUCUGGAAUCUGGCUACGUGUCGGAAUAUACGAUCAUGUACGAGGAGAAUCUGUCCGCGAAAGUUGUUUUAAAUUUGACGCAGAGCGCAGUUUUAUGGUUGACGAUGAACAAAUCACCGCCGAAUCCGCUGGAGAUGGAUUAUCUGCGUAACGUGUACGACAUUUGCUUGUCGGAGGAGUUGUGGCUGAGGAUACUGGGUGACUCUGUGUUCAAUAAGCAAUUGUCGAACGCGUUGAAGGACCCCAACUUUAUAAUCGAUUUGCACAACGAGGCCGUGAAUCACUUGAUAGACAUAAUCUUAGAUCCGGAAUCCAUGUUGUACACGAAUUUCGCGCCUGAAUUAAAAAAGUUCCUCAAAGGCAGCAACACCAUGCCGCGCGGUUACGAAUACUUUGACGAAUCGUGGAAACGAGAUGAAUACAGAGCAAAAAUAGAGACUGUGAUGAACGGUUUUGUGCUACCACCGUGGAAUGCACCGUGGCCAAUAACAGACAUACAAGAUCUACGACGGCACAUUAUGAAUUACUGCAGGGAGGUGCUGUCCGACUCGAACUGUAAUAUCGUAUUUUGCGAUAUACUGAGCAAUCUGUUCCUCACCUCGGGCAGCUUACAAGUGUCCAAUUUCGUACACAUACUACUGCACGUGGUCAGGGAGAAGAUACGCCUCUUGGACGAGGAUCAAACGGUCAUUUACAAUAGGAAUCACAUCAAGCAUUUCCGCACGUUACCGUGGUGGUUCAAAUCCAACGUGCUGACGGAAUUCAUGUUGCACGAAUCGGGCGCGGACAGUAACGUUACGUUGGACGAAUCGACGAGUAAACGAAAGAAGCUCGACAGAUCCGACACGUUGGACGACAGCGCGUUAGACGAGGAAUUUGGUAUACUGACGGAGUUUUGCGAGAGCACCAAAGCCCGUGUCAUGGAGGUGCACUCUGUAUCCAUGGAGGUGGAGAAUCGCUUGCAGGCGCAACAGAUGGAGAACACGUUAUUGGAGGACAGACUGAAGAACGCUUUGCUCGACGAGAUGGACCUGACGGAGGAAGGCGUAUAAGUUUUCCCUGUUUAAUAUAUUUUAAUAGUAAUCUUUUGUUAUAUUUUAUAUUAUAUACACGUUUAUGUACAACAUGCAUUAUAUUUAUAUACUGACAUGCGACUAUUUACCUUGAAAUAGUGUUUUUUUCCAGCCAAAUAUAUCUCAGUAAAUGUAUUAAUGUUUGAAGUAUAUUUUGUAAAUAACUAGAGGGAAUAUUAAAUCGCUGCUACGAUCUUA